UCCUUUUCCGAUUUGAUUAGGGUUCCGUCGAUUCUCUGUUUUCUCCAUUUGGGUCCCCCCCCCCCAAAUUCGCCAUUUUCUGAGUUGUUGUCACUCGUGAUUCUGUUCAUGGCUUGCCAGGUUCAAGCUUCAUGGCUGAGAUCGAGGUCAUCGAUCAUGGAAAAUGAUGACAUGGAUAACCGUUUCCACAAAAGGAGCCAUGACCGGAGUGGAAUAGCUUCACGGAUCGGCAUCAAGUCUAUUCCCUAUCACUCAAGAAGUUUCCAGACGAGAAGACGGGAAUGGAAAAUAUCGCUGGCCUUAGACCCGGGUGCUGUCUCAGGAGACGACAGCCAAGAGAUCAACAGCGAAAGAACCGGUCUUGGUAGCACCCGACUGGGCAGGAUAGCGAUCGCGGGUGGAAAACAGCUGCUGGAGAAGUUCAACGCCGCGAGAAAGAACUUCCCGAUGAAGAUAUUCCUUCUGCUGUUAGGGUUCUACACUGCGAAUGCACUGGCCACGAUUCUUGGGCAGACGGGCGAUUGGGAUGUGCUGGUUGCUGGAGUUGUGGUUGCGGCCAUUGAAGGAAUAGGAAUGCUCAUGUAUAAGAAACCUCCUUCCAUGUCUACAGGGAGGUUCCAGUCUCUUGUUGUGAUGAUCAAUUUCUGGAAAGCCGGUGUUUGCUUGGGCCUCUUUGUUGAUGCUUUCAAGUUAGGAAGUUAGUUUCAUUUCCUGUUUCCUUCUUUUUUCUUGUAACCUUUCCACUGUAUAUGUAAGCCUCCAAUUAGAUUAUCAUCAUAACUGUCUAUGUCUACAGAUGGUUUGCCUAAAAAGAGAAUGGAAUAACAUCAAAAACCCUCUAGAACAGAGAGAGGUUCUCAGCU